AAAUUAAAUCAUAAAUGUGAGUGAGCUGAAAUGCCUGUUAUUGCGCACAGAGUAAAACACUUGUUUUGUGGUCUUUUUUUACAGAGUGAAUCGGUGAAAUAUUUCCUGGACAACUUGGAUUGGAUUGGACAACUGAAUUAUGUACCGAGCCGACAGGACAUCCUAUUGGCCAGGAAGGCCACCAAGGGAAUUGUGGAGCAUGAUUUUGUCAUUAAGAAGAUCCCAUUUAAGAUGGUAGAUGUGGGUGGCCAGCGCUCUCAGAGACAGAAAUGGUUUCAGUGCUUUGACGGCAUCACCUCCAUCCUCUUCAUGGUGUCCUCCAGCGAGUACGACCAAGUGCUGAUGGAAGACCGUCGCACCAACCGCCUGGUGGAGUCCAUGAACAUCUUUGAGACUAUAGUCAACAACAAGCUCUUUUCCAAUGUGUCCAUAAUCCUCUUCCUCAACAAGAUGGACCUUCUGGUGGAGAAGGUACGCAAAGUCAGCAUUAGCAAACACUUUUCCGACUUCCGGGGAGACCCUCACCGACUGGAGGACGUGCAAGCCUAUCUUGUGCAAUGCUUCAACCGCAAACGUCGCAACCGAAGCAAGCCACUUUUCCACCACUUCACCACUGCCAUUGACACUGAGAACAUUCGCUUCGUCUUUCAUGCGGUCAAAGACACAAUUCUUCAGGAGAACCUUAAAGACAUAAUGUUGCAGUGACUUUUACAGGAAUUUGAUGUGUUUUGCCAUUGUUUGAGUCCGUUUCCCAUCCUAUUGCAGGAGGAAGUGCCUUCUUGACUUCAUUUUAACCAAUUUUACCAAUGGCGAAUGAAAAUGACAUGAAUCUCUCUAUGUCAUCACUUAUUUUAAUGUCUUCCUGUGAAACAGGAACUUUGAAAACACCUUGGACUGAAAUAAAACCAAGAACAUUUAAGGGUUUUACAGUUUGUAAAUGCAAAGAAAAUGAAACAGACGGACAAUCAAUCGUUAUUGAGUAUUUUCACCUCUUUUCUCAAGGAUAAACACAAUAUUACACUGGCUCAUCUCCCAAACAACAUCCUAGAAAUAAAUCACAAACCUGCACUGAACAUCCUGUUUGAAAAAGUAGUUAAUUUCAUGUCACUGACAGGUUAGUUUUUUAUUUAAUCUUAACAUUUAAAUCACGUUUUGCUUUAUCUAUGCUUGUAAGUUUAUAGAUGACAUGCAAAAUUCUCAUUAACAACUAAGCAGGGUUUUUGUACAUAGAGUGAAAAGGAGAUUUCCGAAAUGUUAAUAGUCUCUUCUGCUUUUAUGUGUCUCUUCACAUUAAGCGGCAAGCUUUGAAAUAUAGAUAGGGUCAAAUCACUGGUUAUGCCUAACACCACUAAUAAUGCAUUAAUGGUAUUCUUUAAAUGUCAUUAUUGCACAGCAUAUAUACUUUAUGAGUAUAAAUAUGAUGUUAAUCCUCUUGAAAUGUGUGUAACCUGUGUAGUCAAUGACUUUACAAGGAGUCAACUUUGUAAUGUCAACCUGAUGAUGUUUGGGGACUGAGUUUUAUUCUCCGGAUCUUGAUGAAUGUCUGAUGUGAACAGCUGUGCUUUACUAUCCCGGACGAGCCCCCUUAUUUGUUGCGCCCAAGUUGCGAUAAAAUCAUUUGAAACUACUUCAUAAACUGGGUGUGAAGUGACUUCCUGGUGAUGACUUCAAAUGCUAAGAAGUAUUCUUUGUGGUUUGAGUUAUUUUCCAGAGAUCUAGUUUUGUCAUCAGAAGUAGUCGCUGACUCACAGUAUUCUUGGAGGACGAGUGGUUUCAAUUUCAGUGCAGGUGUCCGCUUGUCAGAACUUUUUUUGGACAUUGUUUUGUGUUAUGGGAAAGUUUGAGAUACGUUAUCGAGUAGUUUUCAAGUUUUAACAAGAGCAUCAAGCCCUUUUCUUGCAUUCUUUCUUGUUUGUGGACUACAAUGGAAACUGUGACUCAUUUCUUGCGAAACAACAUUGACACUGUUUCUCUGUGCCCUUAAGGUUUUUAAAUUCUGUCCUUCCUCAUAAUUACCGCAGUGCCAUGUUGGCUUACUGAAAGUUGGCAGGAAGGGAUUUGAUUUGAGAUAUUGGACACACCCUAAACCUUUGUCCCUGACAGCUAAUCCCAGUGGGAGCCGAACGCAUGCAUUUACUGGAAGAUCUCUGGCUUCCGACUGGAUUCUUUCAUUCAAGGCUGUGUUUGUCCUUGUUUCCUUUUUUAAGACCACAAAUCCAUUGGGAGAGUUUGAAAGUUAAAUAGCGGAAAAGAAAUGCAGACACAGUAUGAAGGCUGGUAAAACUUGCAAUCAAGAAAAGCAUAUGGCGUGUAAUUAAUUUGAUAUAAAUUAUAUUUGGGGAAUGAUAAUCAAAGAAACUAUUUCCAGUUGCAGUUGCAAGCUACUGAAGGUGAUUUAACUACAGUAUUUAAUUAAGUUACAUUUGCUGCUCUUGUGUUUUGUCCCUCUUAGGAUCUCAAGAGUUUCACUAUUAGCAGGAUGUCUACUUCAACACUCUUUCAGUGUUUUACUGUACUUUUUCAACUUUCAAAUAUUGCUUCCCUAACGUUUUAAGUAUCCAGUGAUUGUAAAAAGUGAGAAAUUCCUGAUUUUAACUUCGUUAUGUGUGUUUUUGUAUAUAAGAACUGUUUAAAUACAAUAAAAUGUUGAGUUAUA